AAUCGAUUAAUAUUGUCCAGCCUAUCAUGUGAUUGUCACGUCAAAGAAACAGAAAACAACAAAAAGCAGUAAAUUAAAUCUGUUUCCCAACAUUAUUGAAAUAGCACAAGUAUUAAGCCAAAUGAAUACCAAAAGCAAGAAGGGUAACGGUGGUGGAGGAGACGCUGGCCACAACAAACUCUCCAAACAGCAAUCGGACGACUCAAAGGACUACAGUGCCUUAAAGGUGGUCCUCUUCUACUGCUCGCUCAUCGUAUUCCUGCCCGUGGUGACUUUCUUCGCGCUGAAGGGCUACGUCCUGGAAAGAUUCUUCACCAUGUCCGAGAUAAAGGUGAAUAUUGGAUCAGCUGUUGGCGCGGUUAUUGCACUUCACAUCGCACUGGGCUUGUAUGUUUAUCGAGCCUAUUUUGGCGGAUCGAAGACGCAGUCAAAGCAGGACUAACGGCACUUCGAGGGAUGCCACAAGAAAAUGCGACUGUUCCAUUUAUUUACCAUUUCCAAUUUCAAAUGCAACGUUUCUUGUUUUGUUUAGUAAACAUUAGCGUUAAGUAAACUAAUUACAACUAA